AUGGACGAGAAGCUCUUUGCAGGGCGCGUGUACCAGCUCAGGAAGUUCAAGCGCAAGCAUGGCCACCUUCGCUUGGGCCGCACCUCCGAUUUGGCCAAGUGGCUCGCGCGGAUGAAGCGGUACCAGCACGUGGGCCUCCUGGCGCGGGACAAGGAGGCCGUCCUGCGCGCGGCGGGCGUCGCCUUCGACGGCGACAGGCAGCCGUCGCCCAAGCAGACGCGACGACGACAGUACUCGGACACGACCACCGGCGACCAGGAGUGGGAGGUGGAGGCCAUCCUCGACAAGCGCAUGGUCGCCGCCGCCGUCGACCGCACCCCGCCGGCGCCGCUCUACGAGGUCAAGUGGAAAGGCUACGACGAGACCACCUGGGAGCCGCUCGCCAACCUCGUCGGGUGCGCCGAGCUGCUGAAGGAGUUCGAGAGCGCGAGGCGGAAGGCCGAAAAGCAGACGGCGCGCGCCGCCGAACGAUCGCGUGGCGCCGUCGUCUCGCAGCCGUCGUCACCGGCCGCCCAGGCGGCCGCUGCUGCGGUGGCCCAGGCGCCGGAGGCUGCCGAGGCGCGAAGGCUCGCGGUGUACUCGAAUUUCCCGGAGGCCGACUGCACGGUGGCGCUGCGGCUCAGCGGCGGCUGCCGCGACCUGGCCCUCCUCUGGCUCUACACGGAGCCGCGCGAGCGCGAGUGGCUCGAAUCGAGCGUGUUCCGGUGCCGCGCGGACCAGGCCCGGCGCGAGCUCGGGCUGCCGCUCGACCGCCCUACUACCAACAAGGCGAAGCCCCAAAACCAGCGGGCCAAGCGGAAGCGGGACAACGACGUCGAUGAGAAUGAUGAUCGUGUGCCGGACGACGACGUGGACGACGACGACGGGGUGCUAUCGCCAACCAUGACGACAGCAGCGGCGGCGAUGAAGAAAGUGAAGAGCGAAGCGGUGGAGGGCGACGAGGAUGUGGACAAAGCGCGGGAGCGAGAGCGAGGCGGAGGGAAGAGGGCGCAGGCGGCGGAGGAGGAGCAGGCGCGGCGCGAGGAGAGAGCGCGCAGGAAUCUGGCGGAGCGGGAGGAGCGCAAGGCCCUGCGCGACCGCAAGAAGGCCGAGGACUGGGAGCGCCGACGGGCGCAGGUCCGCCAGGCUCGCGAAGAGCAACGGCAGCAACAACACUACCAGCAGCAGCAGCAGCAGCAGCAGCAGCAGAAUCAACAACUGCAGCGGCAGCAGCAACUACAACACAUCCAACUACAACAACUGCAGCAACAGCAGCAGCAGCAGCAGAAGCAACAACUGCAGCGGCAGCAGCAACUACAACACAUCCAACAACAACUGCAACGGCAGAAGCAGACGCGCCUCCAGCAGCAGCAGCAGCAGCAGCAGCACCUCCAGCACCCGCACCCGCACCAGGACCUCCUGCAGCACUACCGCCGACAGCUUCAGAUCGACCAGCAUCAGCCGCGGGCCUAUGGCCGACCCCAGCCUGUCGGGCAGCAGCCGGCCGCAGCAGCUGUUCCGCUGCCGCUACCGCUGCCCCCGCCGCCGGCCGGGAGCCUCGACGCGCAGCUGUGGGCGGUCGCCGAACGCCGCCGCCGGCGGAUGGAGUUCGAGGUCGAGAGCGCGGCCAUGGCCCAGUGGACGGCAACCGACGAGGGCCUUUCUCUCGGAGCAGCCGAGCCGCCUACCUCAUACCCGCAGCGCAACCACCUCCCGUACGACAAUCAACACCAGCCGCAGCCGCAGGCGCGGGGGCAGUCGUGGGCGGGCGACCGGUUCAAGGUAGUGGUGGCCAAUACGUUGGCGGACCCAGUGCUGGCGGGGGCCGAAACCGGCCGCAGCCAGGCCACGACGAUGGCCAAGGCGGCGGCGGCGCCCGCGCGGGCAAGUGACCACCAUCGGGCUCAGCCGACGAAGCUGAAUGAGGGCGCUCAACACAACUCGGUGGCUACUGGCCAGUGGACGACGAGUCGAGGAGAUGCGGCAGCGGCCAAGCUGAAGGCCACGGAGAGCAAGGCCGCGUGCCAGUGGACGACGACAACGACGAUUCGGGGUGACGAGGAGGAGGAAGAGGAGCAAGAGAAGGAGGAGGAGGAGCUGAAGGCCAUAAUGGGGUGCAGCAGCAACAACACCGACGGCGGUGUGGCGGAUGAUGGUGAGAUGUGGGAGGAGGACCCGCUACUCGCCGGAUACUGGUGCUGA